GUGGAGAAGCGGGCGGGGCACCGGCUGUCUCGGGCAGGGCCGGGUGGAUUAGUUGCCGGUGGCCACCACACCACCGACCGACCUCGGGAACACCUCGACGGGCGGCAACAACUUCCCCCUCCCCCACAGACUGCAAACGAACGGCGAGACUACCACCGUCUGGACACCACCAUCGGCCAACUCCCUUGCAGUACGGCUCAGACACAGAGUGCCAGGUCAAUUGCCCAUCUGUUGAUGCUCCUCCACCGUGUGGCUCUCCCGCGCGUCUUCCAUUCCAUCCAGGCACGACAUAUCGCCAGCAUGGCAGCCACCUCGGCAGAUCCCAUCAUCCGGGCACUGCAGGACUACACAACCUGCGAUGUCUCGGAUGCCCUUUGCAAGCUCGACAAGACAAAAUACCGCCACGGCGGCUUCCUCCCGGGCUUGACCAUGUGGUCUCCCGAUCGCCAGGCCGGCCCGACCAAGAUCGUCGGCCCCGCGUAUACGGUCCAGUAUCUCCCGCUCGACGACCCAGCGCCCAAGCACCCCACGCACUACAUCGAUUCGGUCCCCGAGGGCGCCGUGGUGUUUGUGUCCAGCCCGCCUAAGAUGCCCAAUGCAGUGUACGGAGGGCUCAUGACCAUGCGUGCCCGCGCCAGCGGUGCCGUCGGCUCCGUAAUUGACGGCCGUUUCCGUGACCUGCAGGAGCAGAGGGAGCUUGGCUUUCCGAUAUUCGCCCGCGAUGUCGGCACCGCCCCACCAACACCCGUGCUCAAGGUCGCUGGCGUCAAUGUCCCCGUCAAGUUGCAGACCGACGACCUGGAGAUUGAAAUCUGCCCUGGCGACUACAUCAUCGGUGACAUGAACGGCGUGGUGGUGCUCCCCGCCGCGGAUGCCGAGAAGGCCCUCCCGCUCAUGAAGAAGCAGGUCGAGAUGGACGACCAGAUGGCCGUGGCGGUCAAGGGGGGCAUGAGCUUUGUCGAGGCAAGCAAGAAGUUUAGGUCAUAAUCGGCGCCUCCUCUGCAUGUGUGAGACAGUGCCGGUGGGGGAGCUCGCGGUUGCCACUGGGGGAGACAGCGGGCAUUGUUGUUCAGAUUGUGUUGGCGAUUACACGCGUCCCAGGUCUGGAUCCCGUGGUGGAACAAUACGAAUAUUUGCAAGAGCGACCAGAAGGGCUGUACAACUUACAUUGCGGUGUGAUCAACGAGAUGCGCGUGCCCAGCCUGGAAUCACUUCUUGAUUUGUGCGGCCUCGCCAUUGUGGCUUGAUA